GAAUAAACACGCAAAAUUAAUUAAUUAAUUAAAUAAAUAAAUAAAUAGUUAUGUUUGAUACAAAGUUUAUGAAUCGCAACUAAAGAAAAAUGGUGGAAUCGAACAAAAGUUGCGGUAACAAGUGCGGCCGUCAUAACGUUUGCAACGGCGAAAGUCUCCUACAAAAGCGCAGACGACACAAAACCGUUCAUUUCGGAGACAAUUUACUUUUGCAAGUUUGCGCGAACGCCAAUCUAAACUCGCACAACAUGUCCUACUCGAAAAUGGAGCCCAACGUGCAGCAACUGUUCAGCUUCAUCGAGACCGUUUUGAGCGCCUGGGUGGCCGAGGAGGGGCUGACCUCGCAAGGGGAGGUCAGCGAGAUGGACGAGAAGGAGAUGCAAAGGAAACGCUACAAAAAGCACUGCGCCAAGAUGAAAAGACUGGACAUAAGGAGGCUGGUCUCGGAGGUGGGGAAAUUGAACGGUACACGGUUCCUCGGAAAUCUCAGAUACAGACACGUGCACUGGAAAGAAAACCCCGAUGCCGAGGGAUGUAACGAAAUGUUUCUCAGAAAGAUCUCCGACGAUGAUCGUAUGUCCUUGACGACGGCCGUGUCGGACGAGGAUGAUGGCGAGAGCGUGAUGAACUCCCCUUACAAAGCAAAACAGACCGGAACUGCCGCAGCAUCCUUCAACUGCACUGGCGCUGUACGCAAAGCAGGAUUUUUGAGCGUGAAAAAGUGGCUGCUACGCAAGAAACAUCAGAUCGAGUUGGCGCGCAAACGCGGCUGGAAAGGCUACUGGGUCUGUCUGAAGGGCACGACGCUACUUUUUUACCCAUGCGACUCGCGCGAAGGCCGUUCCGUCGAAGCGGCACCGAAACAUCUGAUCAUCGUAGAUGGCGCCAUCAUGCAACCGAUUCCAGAGCACCCUAAACGAGAUUACAUCUUCUGUUUGAGUACUGCCUUCGGGGAUGCGUAUUUGUUCCAAGCCCCUUGCCAGGUCGAGCUAGAAAAUUGGGUGAAUAGCAUACACAGUGCUUGUGCGGCGGCAUUUGCCCGCCACAGAGGCAAGACUGGUACUUUGCAUUUACUUCAGGAAGAAAUCUUCAGAUUAGAAAAAGCCAUUGAAACGGAUUACAAAUUGAAGCACAUGGCGGAAAUGCAACAGUCGGUGGUCGGCGAUUCGGACACGCGUCAGCAGAUCGCAAACCAGGUGGUCCAAUGGGAAGAGAACCUCGAAAGGCUACACUGCGAGCAGUUCAGACUUAGGUGCUACAUGGCAAAACUUUGGUCUCUUUUAACACACGUUUCCCGAGCAACGAAAAAUACCCUUAACAAACUAGGAGUCUUUACUGUAUCAUCGUUCCACGCUUUUAUCUGCGCUAGGAGUCCCUCUCUGUUAAACAACCUGCUGGCAGGACGAGGCGCGACCAAGAGACGACCACCGAUGCUGUCGCGAUCGAACAGCGGAUCCAGCAGAAGAUCAAUGCAGUUACACACUCACGAAGUCGUUGAAGUAUGCGCGAAAAUACUCUACCAAGUCGAACUAUCGCGCAGCACUUUGGAACAAAUGUGGGGCUUCAGCGUCGAGGCAGAACUCGUGGAAAAUUCCGAUAGACAGGACGAACUUUGCUGCUACGUCAGCAGAGUGGAAGACAAGAGUGUCGCUAUGCAAAACGGCAUUAUUAAAGGUGACGAGAUAAUGGUGAUCAACGGAGCCAUCGUCAGCGACUUGGACAUGAUGUACCUCGAAAGCGUGCUGCAAGAAGAGCUGGCCCUCUGCAUGAUGAUGCGCUCGUCCAGGACGGAACCGCCGGACUUGGCGGGCAUUUUGCGUGCCACCGACGACAUCAUAGACAGCCUGGUUUGUCCGCCGCCUCCGUCUGAACCGCCCGCCAUCAGCGAGGAGAUGAUCUCCGGACUCAUCGUUCCAGCACCAGGUUUUAGCAAAGAUCGUUAUUCUUCCGACUUGAACGGGCAUUCGGUUAGCGUGACCGACUCCGGCAUCAAGGUGAGCUCUCGAACAAACUCCUUGGAGAUCGAGAAUCUGCUGAAGAGUGCCGGCGAGGUGACCGGUUUCUGCCGGUCGCCGGCUGAGACGAGAAAAUCCAGCCCGACCGGCAGCUUGCAUCUAAACAAUCUAUUAGAAAACUAUUUGGAGCCGCUGAAAAAAGAAACAUUCCUCUCGAACGCCGAAAUAAACGCUUUGUUCGGCAACAUUCAAGAAAUAGUCACAUUCCAGAGGCAGUUCCUGCAAAACCUCGAAGAAUCGACGGAAAUCGAACCCGAUUUCCAUAAAUUAGAAUACAGUAGCCAAUUCAAGGUAAAAAGUAUUGUAUGA